AUGGAAAUCGCUGUCCAUGCUGCUGCAGAUGAUGACAAGAUUAUCGGAGGCUACACCUGUCAGCCGAAUUCCCUCCCUUACCAGGUGUCCUUGAAUAAUGGCAUCCAUCAAUGUGGUGGCACCCUCAUCAAUAAUCAGUGGGUAUUGACUGCAGCUCACUGCCUUAUGAGUGGGCUCCAGGUGCGUUUGGGAGAACACAACAUUGAUGUCCUUGAGGGUGGUGAGCAGUUCAUUAGUCCAGCCAAGCUCAUCCCCCAUCCCAAGUACAAUGGAAACACCUAUGAUAACGACAUCAUGCUGAUUAAACUGAAGUCACCGGCCACCCUCAACUCGCGCGUGUCCACGAUAUCUCUGCCCAAAUCCUGUCCAACAGCUGGUGCUCAAUGCCUUGUGUCUGGUUGGGGAAACUUGGGUGGUAAGUGUCAAUGA